CAGCAAAGUCCGGUGAAUCCCACGUACUUUUUGUGGCUUCCUGUCACGGGCCUUUGACUGCGAACCCUGAUAAGCUGACCACGUUCUUACAUAACUUUCGACUGGGCCGUCAAGAUGGAGGAUUUAGUGGCUUGCCUGCUCUACUCCUUCUCGACCAGAUAUUCCAUCGAAUAAUUAUUGACCUUGGAAAGGAUAUCAAGCCAUGCGAGUACUUCGACAUGAUAGUAGGCACGGGGCCAGGGGGGAUGGAAAUGACGGUGGAGGAUGCGAUUAGUGCCUGCAAUGAGCUCGAGGGUUGCAUGCCACAAAGGGGUCAAAGCGUCACCGAGGAGGAGCGGGUGGAGAACACCGUGGGACUCAGGCGGGGCUUGGAAACCCUGAUGAGUGCUCAUGGCUUGGGUACCUCUGAGCUGAUGCAACGACAUACGGGGAAUGAACCUCGUUGCAGAACUAACGGCUCCCAGAUCCACUUGAUCAAGUCCUAUGAGAAUCGAGGAGUGAAAAGUCCACGCUGUGGUAUUAUCGAGGCUGGGCUCGCUGCCGUCGCAGCGAGCGAUACCUUUCCACCAGUCACCAUCAGUAAAGCAUACAGACUCAACGUCGGGGAUGCCUCUUCCAUGUGCCCUAAUCCCUCUAUUGAGGCGAUCAAAGAGGCCACAAAGGUCUUUGGCCUCGAAAAGAAGGUUGCAAGCAUCCUCAGCAUUGGAGGGGAACUUGCUACAUCUCAUGUCAUCCCUGUCUCGGAUAGCGAGAAACUCAGAACGAUAUUCUCGCAAGCAAAUUGCACGCACGAUCAUAUCCAAAGCUAUCUACCCGAUUCGAAGUUCUAUACACGUCUGAUGGCAAAGCACAAAUGUCUCUUCGGAAGUCAGGACACCGAAAACUACUGCGACAUGGCUGCCUAUGUGCAGGAGAAAGCCAUCCAUAGACUGAUUGAUGAUUCGAUCAAACCUAUUCAUCAGAAGGAUUGGAGAGAGAGCCAAGUCGAGAUCAAAGCAAGCCCAUCUCAAUCAUUCUCGGCUUUGCGAGCGGAUGAUGCUAUGAAAAUCGACACCCCUACCGUUCUCAAAUUUGAGGACCGCCCAGAAUCGGAGAUACUCUCAGAAACUGAGGUUUCUUUAGAGGAAGAAAUAAAAAAAUUGGAUCGAUUGCGACAAACUCCUGACACAGAUAAGGAGAUCUUGUCAUCUCUGAGCAGAGUAGCCACCCUCUCUCAUCGUUUAGGCAAGCAUAAAGAUGCUAUCCAGUACGAGAUGAUGGUGAUGAUGCAGCAUCGCGGAGAUGAAAGUAAACCAGAAACUCGCGAAUACCUCCAGAGUGCUAGCGCCGUGGCCUUUUACGAGUCGGAGGCUGGGGAGCUCAAAAAGGCUUGUGAGCGAGGAGAAGAGGUCUUGAAGAAGCAAAAGGA